AUGGCUCUACCCACCCCCAUGCUAUCGCUGCUCGCGCUCGCCACGCUUCUUUCCGUGCCCGCGCCAGGUGCCGCGCAGCAGCAGACCACCAACGUCACCUCGGGGACCUCCCUGCAGGCGGCCGCGGGCGCCGCCUGGCCGUCCCCGUCGGGCCGCUUCGCCUUCGGCUUCUACGCCACGGACGGGGGACUCGCGGUGGGCGUCUGGCUCGCUACCACCCCCAACAUCACCGUCACGUGGACGGCCAACCGCAACAACACGCCGUCCACGGGCGGCGCGCUCUGGCUCACCUACGACGGCCGCCUGGUCUGGACGGGCCCCGCCGACGGCCAGGACCGGAACCUCGCGGUGCCGUCCCGGCCGGCGGCCGCCGCCGCCAUGCGCGACGACGGUAGCUUCAUGCUCUACGACGCCAACGGGACCAUGGUCUGGUCCACCUUCGCCGCGCCCACCGAUACCCUGCUCCCGGGCCAGGACCUCGUCCCCGGCGCGCAGCUCUUCUCCAGCGUCUCGCUCACCAACACAGCCACGGGGAGGUACCGCCUCACCAACCAGCUCAACGACGGUAACCUCGUCCUGUACCCGGUCCGGACGGAGAACACCGCGGACGCCGCGUACUGGGCCACCGGCACGUUCCAGAUCGGCUUCCCGCUCACCCUGCGCCUCGACGCCACCGGCGUGCUCUACGUCACCGGCAACAACGGCAACUACACCAAGAACCUGACGCGGCCCGGGGCCGCGCGUUCGCCCGCCGAGACACAGGUCUUCUACCGCGUCACGCUCGACCCCGACGGGGUCCUCCGCCUGUACCGCCACGCCGUCGCGUCGGGGGGCGCGUGGACGACCAGCGCCCGGUGGAUCGGGCCGGACGACCGGUGCCACGUCAAGGGCGCGUGCGGGCUCAACAGCUACUGCAUCCUCGGCCGCGACGCGCAGCCCGACUGCCGGUGCCCGCCGGGGUUCGACUUCAUCGACGCCGCCAACGCACCACUCGGGUGCACCGAGACCACGGGCACCGGUGACUGCGCCACGGCUGGUUCUGGUGCUACUGCUAGCAUGGUCGCGAUGCAGAACAUGUCGUGGGCGGACACACCGUACGCCGUGCUUGGCGCGGGCACGAGCGCCGCCGACUGCCAGGCCGCGUGCGUUGCCGACUGCCUCUGCGCUGCCGUGCUGCUCAACAAAAACGACGGCACCUGCACCAAGCAGCAGCUCCCGCUCCGGUACGGUCGUGCGGGCGGCGGGUACACUCUGUUCGUCAAGAACGCCGCGGGAAGCCCAGCGAUCGGCGGCGGCGGUGGGGACCGCCGCCUCGGGCGCUCGGUCACCGUCGCGCUGGUCUGCAUCGGGGUCCUGACGUUCUUGUCGCUAGCCGCCCUCGUGGUGGCGGCGCGGCUAGUCCUUGCGAACCGGAGGACGACCGCGGAGCUGGACGCAGGGGAGGCCCUGGACGAGGAGGCGCCCCUGAGGUCGUACAGCUACCAGGAGCUGGAGGACGCGACGUGGAGCUUCCGCGAACCGCUGGGCCGCGGCGCGUUCGGCACGGUGUUCCGGGGCACGCUGCCGCACAACGGCGAGAAGGCGAUCGCCGUGAAGCGGCUGGAGAAGAUGGUGGAGGAGGGGGAGGUGGAGUUCCAGCGGGAGGUGCGCGCCAUCGGGCGGACGAGCCACCGGAACCUGGUCCGGCUGCUGGGGUUCUGCCACGAGGGCGCCAACCGGCUGCUGGUGUACGAGUACAUGAGCAACGGGUCGCUGGCGGAGCGUCUGUUCAAGAGCGGCGGCGGACCGCCGGUGUGGAGCGAACGGAUGGGCAUCGCGCUGGACGUCGCGCGCGGGCUGCACUACCUCCACGACGAGCUGGACAGCCGGGUGAUCCACUGCGACGUGAAGCCGCAGAACAUCCUGAUGGACGCGUCGGGGACGGCCAAGAUCGCCGACUUCGGGCUGGCGAAGCUGCUUCUGCCGGAGCAGACGCGGACGUUCACGGGUGUCCGCGGCACGCGCGGGUACCUGGCCCCCGAGUGGUACCGCGGCGCCGGGCCCGUGACGGUGAAGGCGGACGUGUACAGCUACGGCGUGGUGCUGCUGGAGAUCGUGACGUGCCGGCGGAGCAUGGAGCUGGAGGAGGCCGGCGAGGAUCGGACGCUCAUGGAGUGCGCGCACGAGUGGCUGGUGCGCGGCGAGGUGACGCGGGUGGUGGGCGGCGACGAGGCCGUGGACGGCGCGGAGGUGGAGCGGGCGGUCAAGGUGGCGCUGUGGUGCGCGCAAGCGGAGCCGCAGGCGAGGCCCGCCAUGCGGAGCGUCAUCCUGAUGCUGGAAGGGCUCGUUGAGGUGCCGUUCCCGCCGCCGCCGGCCUCCUCCUGA